AUGAGUGGGGAUCAGUUGGCGUCCAGGCAAGAUUUCAACCAGCCUACCCCGUUCACCUUUGGAAACCCAAACGCUCAAUCGCCCACACCUAAACAGACUCCCACCUCCGCCACGUUCCCGAGUCCCGUCUUCGAGACCCCCAAACAGCGACAAGGCCACUUUGACGACGCUGGCGGUUGGACGCCUCGCUUUGCAGAGGAAUACUCCGUCUUCAAUACAACCCCCGGCAAUCUUCGAGCUUCUCCGGGCUCCUUCCCCGACUUUUCCACCACUACGUAUCCGCCUUCGGCCACCCUGAAGAGGCCCUUGUCCGCCGAGAGCCUUGCUGCACAGAUAGCAACACAUGCCAACCAUUUCUCGCCCAAUCCCAACCUACCCUUGCCGCCAGUUGCUGCCGCUCAACGACUGCCUUCCUCUCCCAAACCCCCGAACGAAGAACCCGAGCUUCCUGGCCUAAAGGGCGGGCCGCCGAACCCAGAGACCGUAUCGCAGGGCGUGGUGUCAGAAAAGUCCAAAGGCAGGGAGAGCGUCGCGGACCUGAACGGGCAGACGGCCACUCCUCCUCCAUCUUCCCACAAAGGCGGCCGGAAACUGGUUUCAAAGCUCCAGGCCGACAAUAUGCAAAAUGAUCACGGCUACGGCCAGCCAGAUUUUUCCGGGACCCCACAACACCCCAACAUGGCAGCGGCCUUUGUGAACGCCACCGAUAUGUUCGGGUUCCCCUUGACCGGUCCGGCAAAUGGCUCUGCGAGCUUCUGGGAUCCGAGUCCAGACAUGUCAGGAAUGGAUAUCGACUUUUCUUUUGGCCCCAAUGUAUUCCACACCUCGGGUCACCGCCACAUGCCGUCGUUCGACGCUUCGCAAAUGUUCCAGGAGGCAAGUGCUCUGCCACCUCCAAGUAGUCAGGAGAGCUCUCAGCCUACCAAGCGGACUCGGCCUUUGGCUCCCAAGCCUGCCAUGCAUGCUAUUCACUCCGCCUCAGCAGACAUGUCGAUGUCAUCGACCUCGUUCUCGACAUCGGUGGACGACCCCUUUGGCCUCGGGAGCCCGGGCGGAGUUGAUCCGGGCCUGCUGUUUGGCCGACCGUCGUCUUCUAGCAUGAACACCGCCAUUCCCAUGACGCAAGGCUCAGCCCAGUUCGCCUUGGCUGCUGUUGCGGAAUCCCAAUCCAGAGCACCAAUGCACACCGACAUUCGGCGUUCCUUCAGUACGAAGGAGCUGGGUACUGGUAGACCAACCGGCAAUACAUCCAUAAACUCGCCCGCCAAGUCACACAGCCGCUCAAACGGCCUGCAGCGCAGUGUCAGCGAGAACCGAGGGCGCCGCGGAUUGGCAAAGGCAGCUUUGCCCAAACUCGCCCCAGCCAUACAACCAAGACCGCAGGCCACCAACGGGCCAGCAUUUGGCCCGGGCCGGCCACCGAGCCGUCCCUCCGGCAGGACAUCGCCUCUCAAACACCACCAUUCUCGUCCUUCCGGCCUGACCUCGAUACCCGAGGCAACCCCCCCGCGCACGCGGACCGCUGUCAAGUUCACUAUCGAUUCGAAAGGCAGAGCAAGGGCAGAGGCCACAAUGGUGUUGGACGACCCAAUGGCCAGUAACACGCAGAGAAGACCGAUAACCCGGGAGAUGCCACGGAGGGAGAAGAGCUGGGAAUCGGACGACGACGACUCUUCAACAGACGACGAGCCAAUCAUCAUCCCCAGCCGGAAUACCUCUUUUGCACUACCCGACCCUCGAAGACCAUCUUCCGCUUCUGUGUUCCACUCAUCUAGAAGAAGUGUCAGCGAACACAGCUCGAGCAGCCUCGGUGCGUCAGUCUCGCAACAUGACGCCGAGAGUGAAGCGGAGACCAUCAUGCACGAGCCGCAAGGAAAGGGUGGCGACGCAGCAAGCGAACUACGGAAGCUGGUCGAGAACAGGCAGAGGCGAGGGCCGCAGGCCCCGUCCAGCCAAGCGUCACAGCUGUUUGCGCCCGGGAGUUUUCAAGAUAGCCAUGGGGGGCUGGUGUCGCCGACAGCAUUCACCGAAGUCAGCCUUCCGUCUCCAACAAAGGCGACCUAUAACGUUCGGUGCGUUUGUCGGAACGGAGCAAAUAAACAAGGAGAGUACAUGGUUCAAUGCGAAUCUUGCGAAAUGUGGCUUCAUGGUUUGUGCAUCAACAUCUCCAGGCGGACGAUCCCAACUGUAUAUAUCUGUGCUUUCUGUUCGAACACGCCCAACAUGCGGGGUGGUCGGCUGCGCGGCAAUGGCCCGGCGCUGGGUCCAUCAGGGGCAAGCCCUCUGGCUCGCAAAUCAUUCCGGUAA